UGAGAGGGGCGGGGCGGGACGUGCGUCUUGACGUCAUUGCGCCCAGGUCGACUCUGAGCUGGCGGCGCGGUGGAGGAAAGUGGCCGGGUGACCAGAGCUACAGAAUGUCACUAGCACGUUCAUCCGUCCAUGCCAAAUGGAUUGUAGGGAAGGUGAUCGGGACAGCAAUGCAGAAAACUGCUAAAGUUAGAGUGACCAGGCUUGUUCUAGAUCGCUAUUUGUUAAAGUACUUCAACAAGCGGAAGACCUACUUUGCGCAUGACGCGCUCCAGCAGUGCACCGUGGGAGAUAUUGUGCUCCUCAAAGCUUUACCCGUCCCGCGCACAAAGCACGUGAAGCAUGAACUGGCUGAGAUCAUUUUCAAAGUCGGAAAAGUCAUCGACCCAGUGACAGGCAAGCCCUGUGCGGGCACUAGUUACCUGGAGGAUCCUGUCAGCUCGGAAACAAGCCACCUCAGCAAAAGCCUGGAAGAACUCAAUAUCUCGGCAACACAGUAAAGAGGACUCUCUUAAGGAGCCAUUUGCUUUAUAGGAAAAGACAUGUUUCUAAGUUUCAUUCAGUAGCUGUUAAGUUUUUCUCCCAGUAUUUACGAAGUAGCUAAAAGCAAAUAAAUAAAGUGCCUGUUAGAAUUUUUCUUAAAA